AUGGCUGUGGUUCAACAUCCCAGCCCCAGGACAUCACUGCUGGAGUUCCUUAGGGACAAUAUCCAUCUGGGCCGGGGCCUGGUCUACCUGGCUCAGGAGACUGGUGUACCAACUGCCUUUCUCUCCCUCGACCAGGAGAAAGCUUUCUACAGGGUGGAUCUUGAGUAUCUGCUGAGGACUCUGCGGGCGUUUGGGUUCAGACCGCACUUUUUGGUCCGGAUCCGGCUUUUAUACGCCGCCGUAGAGUGCCUCGUCAAAGGUGUGGAUUCUCUGGUACUGGAGAGCGUGAUGUUUGCUGUAUUGGCAGAACGUGCCUUGGGACCAAGAUUAUAUGGAGUGUUUCCGCGGGGACGUUUGGAGCAAUACAUUCCAAGCCGUCGACUGCUGACUGAAGAGUUGGGACUUCCAGAUAUUUCAGCAGAGAUAGCAGUAAAAAUGUCUCGAUUCCACGGAAUGGUCAUGCCCUUCAACAAAGAACCAAAGUGGCUGUUUGAGACUAUGGACAGGUAUCUCAAGCAGAUAAUGGGAUUGACAUUCUUCAGAGAGGCACAUGUGAAAAAGUUUAAUAAACUAAAGACUUUCAACCUGCCAGGAGAGUUGGCGAGUUUAAAGUCGCUUCUUGAAGCCACAUGGUCACCUGUGGUUUUUUGUCAUAAUGAUGUACAGGAAGGUAAAGGUCUUUCCCUGGUUGGGGAGGACGCGGGGGAAAGGGAGGACUGCUGCUUAACGUGUACCUUCUGCCUUGUCUUUGUUCGCAGGGGCUUUGACAUUGGAAAUCACUUCUGUGAAUGGAUGUAUGACUACACUUAUGAUCAGUGGCCUUUCUUCAAAGCUAAUAUGGAGAAUUAUCCCAACCGACAGCAGCAGCUUCACUUCAUCAGACAUUACCUUUCUGAAUAUUCGGGGAAUAAAGGGGACUCGGUGCAUGAUGAUCAGUUGAAAAUUGAAGAAGAGAUGAUCAUUGAGAUCAACAGGUAUGCCCUAGCCUCUCACUACCUGUGGGCACUCUGGGCUAUUAUACAAGCAAAGCUUUCCACAAUUGAGUUCGGUUACAUGGAUUAUGCCCUGUAUAGACUGGAAGCCUACUUUGAUCAGAAGAGAAUACUUGGUUGACUUGCUGUACAGUGCUAGCACUGCUUGGAAUUUAGCACGUUUCUGUUAUUAAUUAUUUUUAAAAAUUGCAUUUUGCUUCAAAUUAGUCCAGGACCAUUUUAAACCUGAUCAGUGACUGCACUUUGAAAUCACACAAAUGUAGGUCGAUGAACUCGAAUCACAGACUAAAAAUGGUGAUCAUGGACUUCUU